UAUACUAUUUUAUUUAAUUUCUAUGAUGAUUUGUAUUAUAUUUUGAUAAAUUAAUAAAAAUAUGUCAAAGGGUAAGAGGAGGGAAUCCUCUAGAAUAUCAAAUGACAUCUACAGUCAUUUAUCUAACCCGAACGAUGAUGAGUCUAGAUAUAAAAUCAAGCGUGUCAAAUCCAGAAAAAAGCUUCGUAAGAUACAGAGGAAGGAAGCCAAGAGAUUAAAACACGAAAAAAAACUCGAGUGGAUUAAAAGGAGGAAAAAUGCCAAUAAUAUGAUUAAUAGUUCUCAUAAAAAUGUAGUAAAACCUGUAAAUACCGAUGCUAAUGUACAAAACAAUGGGUUGAAAUCGAUAUAUAAACCCGAAUCUAACAAAGGAUUAAAAUCUGAUAAAAAAGUUAGAUUUGACAGUGACCAUAACAUAAAAUCUACGCCUGAGGAUAUUGAAAUUGAGUACUUAGAGCGACAACUUCUCAAAAAUAAGCCAAAUGUCCGUGAUAAGAAUGAUACUGUCAAGAGGGGUCGUAAAGUUGACGUAUUACAGGAGUUGAAAUCUGAAUUCUUGAGGGAUGGCUUUGAUGAGGACUUUUUAGACUUUUUGUCCAACAUUACUACUAUCGCAGACGAAGAAAAUAUUUUAGAUAAUGAGCAGUUAUACCCUGAAAACAAUACUCUUGUCAAAUUACGCAACUACACUCUUGAUCAACCUGAUUACCAAGAUUUGACUGAUGACGAAGUAGAAUCAGAGGACGAACGUCAUGAGGAUGAGGAUGAGGAUGAAUUAGAUGUAGAUGACGACGAACAAAUAGAUGAAGAUGGUGAUGAGGAUAAUGAGGAACAAUUGGAAGAGGAUGAAGUAUUUGAUCCAUCGGAUGUGAUUAAGAAACAAAUAGGAAUGGUGAAUAGAUUAUCAGAAGGCAAUUAUACAGUAAUUGUGAAUCAACUAUGUGAAAUGUAUUCAAAGAUAAUUUCAAAGGGAUCAGAGAAUCAAGUUAUAAAUGAGUUGUUUGAUAACCUUUGUGAUGUGGUGAUCACCAUGAUUAUCAAUGAGGUCAAUGUAGUAAUUUCACUUGUGGCAACUCAGUCCGCAUUAAUUUGCUCAUUAUCCAACUAUUUCAACUCAUCAAUUGUAAAAAGAUUUGUUUCUAAAUUACUUGAAAAGCUUGAAAGUAACUUGGAAUUGAUGUUAGAUAGUGACUUGAAGCAGAAAUCGCCAGUUAACGAAAACAAACUAGUUGUCAGGAAUAUAAUCAUAUCCAUUUGCUCAAUUUACUACUAUGAAGUGAUUGAUAUUGACGUCAUUUUCCACCUGAUUAAGCUCUUGACCAAAACCAAUUUAAAUGAAGACAUUUUACAGCUAUUACUCAUACUAUUAAAAUACUCAGGUCAAAGCAUAAAUAAGAACUCAGAGAUUCUUGGGUAUUUGAACGACUUGAUAGAAAAGUAUAAGAAGGAACAUGAAGAGUUUUCAAACCGAGUAAAGUUCAUUGAGGAGGAGUUGAAAAGUAACAAAAAGUCCAAAAACGUCCUGGAACAAUUUGACCAUUUAAAGAACAUGAUAAAGAGUAAGCUGAAUAUGGAUAGAGUGACAAUUAAUCUUGAGUCAAUCAUUAACUGCAACAAUAAUUCUGACGGUGCUGAUGGUAACAAUUCUGGCGUAACAGAGUUUGAAACGAAAAUUGCUCCGAAAAAGAACAGUAGAAAGGAUGAGUUGAUUAAAAAGGCUACUAAAAUUGGGUUAAACAAAGAUAUACAGAAAACAAUUUUCAUCUGCAUCAUGGACUCAAUCAGCCCUGAAAACGCCCUAGAUAAUAUACUCAAAAUUAAACUUAAAACUCAACAGUUUAAUGAAGUCAUAAACAUCGUCAUUUACUGUUAUUUGGUUGAAAAGGAGUUCAACUACUACUACAUUAAACUUUUGUUAAUUUUAACCUCAAAGUUAAACUUGAAUGUUUGUAAAAAAUAUAAAAGGCAUAUUAACAACAACAUUGUACUAUAUUUCAAAAACUUCGAGUCACUCACGCAAAACCAGUUUUCCUUACUGUCAAAAUUGUUCUACCAUAUGAUUCUGAAUAAAAUUUCUGGUUUAAGGCUCCUUAACUUCAUCAAUGUCAACCACUUCAAGACAAGCUCGUUUAAGAUUUUUAUAAACAAGUUAUUUUCAAGCAUUGUAACCACUGAGGCUGAUGAUGAACUCGAGGAGUAUUUGAUUCAGGAGCUACUAUCAAUUAAGACUGAGAAAUACUUUAAUGAUUUGGCGUCGCUUUGGACCAAACACAUUGAAAGCCACUGUAGAGCUAAGGUUGAGAAGUCCAACUCAUCUGAUAUUCUAUUCAAGUCAUAUCAACGUGUUUUUAAAUCAUAACCCAAUAAUAUACUAUACCAAUA